AUGCCAAAAAGGUAUAAAAUGGGUAUCGACAAAACCGUGUCUAUCGUGGUGGUGCGUAUUUUCACUUUGUGGUAUUGUCGUUUAGUUGAUACCUUGGCUUCACCGGUGUUAUUGUUAUUGGUGCCAUAUUCUCUCAUCAUCAUCAUUGUUUCUUACUUGCAUAGUUUGGCAUUGUUAUAUGUUGGUGCCUUUGUUCGAUUAGUGGUGUCUUCUGGAUAUUCCGCCUUUGCUG